UGCCCGCAUUCAUCGGUCCUCCUGACAGCGCGCCGCGCUGCAGUUCACCCCUGCGGCCGACAGGUGGCGGUGACGAGUAGACUUUGGAAGAGAAAAAAAAGCUAAACUUUAAGUGAAAAAACAGAAGAGGAGAAGAAAAGGAAAGCAGCUCGCGGCGGCUAACCGGCGCAGGGUGAACUUUAGCCAGCAGCUAGCUCACAACUUUACGAACUAACUGCGUUCAGCCGCAGCUUCCUUUCAGCCCGGUUCAGUCAGAGGAAACGAGGCCGCGAACAGCUGACUGACUUCCACUUGUUUCAAGCCGGCCAAGAGACAUGUUGACGGCUGAAGUUCCCGCGUGAAGAAGCGUCUCCAGACUUGGCCAUGUCUCCUCUGUCCUGACACAGAAAACAUUCACGAUCUAGAACACACCCCCCCCCGCCCCCCCGCCACCCCCACAUACACAGGGGCACGUAGCUGUUUUCACAAACCACAGCAGACUCUUCAUCAACAGGUGCAACACGGGGGGACUCGGGUUUCCUCCUGCUCAGCGGGGCGGGUGGGCGGCCAUGUUUGGCGGGGGUUUGUGAUGUCCGAGCCCUGCGCAGGGCCAGCCGAAAGAGAACAAAUAGAGGCGGGCCGACGGCGACGUUCUCCGGGUUCGUGGUUGGCUGUGGGGAUGACGAGCGGGACGCGGCCCGAAUGGAGGCAGGCAUGAAGAGCGAGAUGUUCCGAGAAGAAGACAUGGAGGACUGUUACGAUGAGUCGCCGCCAGAGCGUCAGAUCAUGGUGGGCAUCUGUGCCAUGAUGAAGAAGUCCAAAUCCAAGCCCAUGACGGAGAUCCUGGAGCGCCUCUGUAAGUUUGACUACAUCGACAUGGUGAUCUUCCCCGAGGAGGUGAUCCUGGAGGAGCCCGUGGAGAAGUGGCCCCUCUGCGACUGCCUCAUCUCCUUCCACUCCAAAGGUUUCCCGCUGGACAAAGCUGUGGAGUACGCCAAGCUCCGCAACCCGCUGCUCAUCAACGACCUCAACAUGCAGUAUUUCAUCCAGGACAGGAGGGAGGUGUACCGGAUCCUGCAGGAGGAGGGCAUUGACUUGCCUCGUUACGCCGUGUUGAACCGAGACCCCGACAAGCCUGAAGAGUGCAACCUGGUGGAGGCGGAGGACCACGUGGAGGUGAACGGGGAGGUGUUCCCCAAACCCUUUGUGGAGAAACCCGUAUGCGCGGAGGACCACAACGUCUACAUCUACUACCCGACGUCCGCGGGGGGGGGCAGCCAGCGGCUCUUCAGAAAGAUAGGGAGCCGCAGCAGUGUGUACUCCCCAGAAACCAAUGUACGAAAAACUGGAUCCUACAUCUACGAGGAGUUUAUGCCCACGGACGGGACUGACGUGAAGGUGUACACGGUGGGUCCGGACUACGCCCACGCGGAAGCCCGGAAAUCUCCCGCCUUGGAUGGAAAGGUGGAGAGGGACAGCGAGGGGAAGGAGAUCCGUUACCCCGUCAUGCUGACCGCCAUGGAGAAACUGGUGGCCCGCAAGGUCUGCCUGGCCUUCAAGCAAACGGUGUGCGGGUUCGACCUGCUCCGAGCCAACGGACACUCCUACGUCUGCGACGUCAACGGCUUCAGCUUCGUCAAGAACUCCAUGAAGUACUACGACGACUGCGCCAAGGUCCUGGGGAACAUGGUGAUGAGGGAAUUGGCCCCCCAGUUCCACAUCCCCUGGUCCAUCCCCUUGGAAGCCGAAGACAUCCCCAUCGUCCCGACGACCUCAGGAACCAUGAUGGAGCUUCGCUGCGUCAUCGCCAUCAUCCGCCAUGGAGAUCGCACACCAAAGCAAAAGAUGAAAAUGGAGGUCCGGCAUCCUUUAUUCUUUGAGUUGUUUGAAAAGUACGGAGGCUACAAGUCAGGAAAGCUGAAGCUGAAGAAGCCGAAACAGCUUCAAGAAGUGCUGGAUAUCGCCCGCCUGCUGCUGGCUGAGCUCGGCCAGCACAACGACUGCGAGAUCGAGGAGAAGAAAUCCAAACUGGAGCAACUCAAGACCGUCCUGGAGAUGGAAUCCAGCUUGAAUGUCACUCAGUACGGCCACUUCUCAGGUAUCAACAGGAAGGUCCAGCUGACCUACCUGCGUAACGGCCAGCCCAAAGCCUCCAGCGAAGAAGAAGACUGUAAGAAGGACGGCCCGUCCCUGCUGCUCGUGCUGAAGUGGGGCGGCGAGCUGACGCCUGCGGGCCGGGUUCAGGCCGAGGAGCUGGGCAGGGCCUUCCGCUGCAUGUACCCCGGAGGUCAAGGCGACUAUGCCGGCUUUCCAGGCUGCGGCCUCCUGCGCCUGCACAGCACUUACCGCCACGACCUGAAGAUCUACGCCUCGGACGAGGGCAGGGUGCAGAUGACCGCGGCUGCUUUCGCCAAGGGUCUGCUGGCCCUGGAAGGGGAGUUGACUCCGAUCCUGGUUCAGAUGGUCAAAAGCGCCAACAUGAACGGGCUGCUGGACAGCGACAGCGACUCGCUGACCGACUGCCAGCAGAAGGUCAAAGCCAGGCUGCACGAAAUCAUGCAGAAGGGCCAGGAGUUUACAGAGGAGGACUACCGCAAGUUGGCACCGACUGACAGCCCGUCGCUGGUGAACUCGAUGAAGGUCAUACAGGACCCAGUCCAAACCUGCGACAAGGUGUACGCCCUGAUCCAGAGUCUCAAUUCACAGAUCCGCAAGAGGCUGGAGAACCCCAAGUCUGCAGACCUGCAGCUGUACCACAGCGAGACGCUGGAGCUGAUGCUGCAGCGCUGGUCCAAGCUGGAGAGAGACUUCCGCAUGAAGAACGGCCGCUACGACAUCAGCAAGAUCCCGGACAUCUACGACUGCGUCAAAUACGACUCGCAGCACAACGCCUCGGUGGGACUGCAGGACACGCUGGAGCUGUUCCGCCUGUCCCGCGCCCUGGCCGACAUCGUCAUUCCGCAGGAGUAUGGCAUCAGCAAAGCGGAGAAACUGGACAUCGCUCAGGCCUACUGCGUUCCUCUGAUGAAGAAAAUCCAGCUGGACCUGCAGAGGACCCACGAGGACGAGGCCGUCAACAAGCUGCACCCGCUGUAUUCCCGCGGCGUGAUGUCUCCCGGGCGCCACGUCCGCACUCGUCUCUACUUCACCAGCGAGAGCCACGUCCACUCCCUGCUCAGCGUCUUCCGCUACGGAGGGCUGCUGGAUGAAGAGAAGGACCAGCAGUGGAAGCAGGCCAUGGACUACCUGAGUGCUGUGACGGAGCUCAACUACAUGACUCAGAUAGUCAUCAUGCUGUACGAGGACAACAACAAGGACCCUUCCUCGGAGGAGCGCUUCCACGUGGAGCUCCACUUCAGUCCGGGGGUCAAAGGGUGCGACGACGAGGAGAACGUUCCUCUCGGGUUUGGCUUCCGGCCGGCGUCCUCAGAGAACCAAGACAAAAAGCCCAACCAGGGCAGUCUGGAGGACCUCUCCCAGGACCAGCGGGACGAGGCACUUCCCCUUUCCGAGCCAAUCAACAUCCAGCGACGGUCUCCCAUGAUCCGCAACCGGAAGACGGGUUCCAUGGAGGUCCUCUCUGAGACCUCUCCCACCCAGGCCUCCAAAGGCAGCACGUCCCACCGACUCCUCCCCUCCAGCUCGCGCCAGUCUCCCGAGAUCAAACCAACCAGUGGCCUAGGUGGGCUCCUCAUUUCCGGGUCGCUCUGCUCUGGCCUCUUCAGUGCCUCCGCCCUCGGGGUGUCCUGUAGCGCCCCCAACCUGCGGGACUACGUCCGCACGCACCACCACCACCACCUCCGAAAACCACCCCUGUCCCCCGGCAGUCUGCCGAUUGGCAUGUUCGAGCUGUUCUCUCUGCCGCCAGUAAAGAGAUUUUCUGUGUCGUUUGCCAGGCAUCCGACCAAUGGCUUCGAGGGCUGCUCCAUGGUGCCCUCCAUCUACCCGCUGGAGACGCUGCACAACUCGCUCUCCCUGAAGCAGGUGGACGAGUUCCUCAGCAAGGUGUGCGAGAGCAGCAGCGAGGCCCACGCCAAGACCAUGAAAGCGCUCUCCGGCCUGUUUGACUCUCAGAGCCAGACGUCUCUCUACAGUCCUCAGCAGCCGCUGUCCUCCUCCGGCUCGGAAACGUCCCUGCGCCCGCCGAGCCAGCCUCUGUGGCAUGGCAGUGUCCCCUCCAGCGUCCCCUCCAGUGCCGUAUCCAGCGCGGGGCCCUCCUCCCCCAUCACAGAGAGCUCCGGCAUGAACUUGAGCUUCAGUGAGUAGACCAUCUGUCCAAAAACAAAAACAAACAAAAAAACAUGGACUUCUGGGGUUUUAAGACGCGACCGGAGGGCCUCGGUGCAUCUGCCUCUCCCUUCUCCUUCUUCUUCUUCCUCACAUUCACACACACACAAAGCAGUACAAAGACACUGGAGGAGAUGGAGAUUCUGGGGUAAAGUGUUAAAAAGAAAAAGGCGUGUCAUCACUCGGCUGGACCCUCAAACGUCUCAUCGCCUCAAACCCUCACUCGACAUGUUUUUUUUUCUUUUUUUUCUUACAAAUAUUUGCCAAAUAUCUCAGACACCAGCUGCUCAACGCGGUCGCCGCAUACGGCUGAAAAGAGUCGACCGUUCUUCAUCUGCAUCUGAAACAUAAAUGUUGUCGCGAUGUAGCCGGCCAAUCACAGCCCGCCCUGAAGCUCAACCAGCUGUUCUUCGUUCAAGAGCAAUUCAGAAUCAUGUGAUCAUGUUUGACUCGCUGCAGGCUGAAAGUUCAAGCUUCCUUUUUGGAGCUUUAGUUGGAGGAAGUUGAGAGGAGAAGAUCGACCGUCCGUCAAAUAUGAAGCGAGAGGCAGCAGCAGGUUAGCUUAGCACAAAGACUGCAAACAAAGGGAAACACGUAGCCUGGCUUUGUCAACAACAACAAAUAAUAUUACUAGAUAUCAAAUGUUAACUAUUGAGCUUUGAUGGUGUUAAAAGUAGAUUUUAAGCCAGGAUGGAGUUUUCUCCGUUUUCUUUAUGCUAAGCUAACUAGCAACUAGACAUUACAAUUUAAAGAACUUCAUUGUGAUGUGAAUACAAAUAAUUAACUCAACAGUUUUCUGUGGGGGGGAAAGUUUGAAGAGACUUUAGACAAGAGAAUUACUGGGCAGGUAAAAAAAAAAAAGAACCAAAUGACCAAAUCGAAAUGCUGCCGCUCAGUCAAUAAGGGGCGUCGCCCAGGUGAACCCAAUGGUUUUGAACAAAGAAGCUGACGCAGCACAACUUGCUCCUGAAAUAUGCAAAGACGAGAAUCAUGCAAUCAUCGGGGGUCGCUCCCCACGCUUUGCGUUCAAUGUACACAUCUGUAAACCAGAUGUUUAGCCCCCCGUGCAACCAAAAUAAUAAAAUCUCUAUUUUUUAAAUGCAGGUGUUUGUAUCGUGUAAAACUCGAGCCAGCUUCAGCAAACUGUAGUUUUAUUUUUUUCAACUGUCAUCUGCUGUGGAAUUGAAAUGUGUCUGUAAAUGUGCAUUUUAAAUUCAUUUUAGGGGGCUGUAUUUUUAGUUACGUUUAAAUUCGAGGGUGUUGACAAAUCAAAGAUAUUUUGAUUAAAUCUUUGCUGUAGUUUCAUGUUUGAGUUAAAGGAGAAAACCACUUAAGUAAAUGAUGAUUGUACAUAAUGGAAACUACUGAGUGCGUCAAUGAUUCUCAGGUGGACACAUGGUGAAAUACACAUUUCCUUUAUCAAAAUCUCACUGAACUUGGGACCGUUUCACUUCAAUUACUUUUUAAAUCAAUUAAAUAAAUUGCAGAAUUUACUUUGAAGACCAAAUAAACAGUUAAACUGCCAUGAAAAGACGCCCUCGUAUUACAGUAAAGCUCUGUGAUUGUGGCAUUACAUUCAUACAGUGGCACCAAAGCGCUCAUUUCAAUCUGCUUACAAUAGAAAUGAAAGUGACGCCCAAAACCUGGAAAUAUCUCUUGUGGAACAAUGAGUUCUAGUUUUAAACCUCAAAAGGAGUAAAUACUUUCGGUUGCUUGAUUUAGGUCAUUUCAGUUGUGUAUUAAUGUCAGUAUUCAAUGUGCAGUUUAAUGUCAACCAAAGGGGGGGGAA